AUGUCAUUAUCCCAAAUGAGCGUCCACUGGUUGUAACACAAACCAUAUGAAUCAAAGUAGCCUGCCUAUAUUAGCAGACCACAUUUCUCCUUAAUCUUAUCAUCUCCACACCCACACCCAAUUAGUAAUGUCGGAGAAGUGCAGCCACCACAAGAGCAAGCGGUGGAAGGCCCUGCGCAAGUUCUGCGCGUGCCUCCUCGUCUUCAACUUCAUCAUCCUCCUCCUCAUCCUCAUUAUCUGGUCCAUCCUCCAGCCAAAAAAACCCCGCUUCCUCCUCCAAGACGCCACCAUCUUCGCCCUCAACGUCUCCGCCGCCAACGUCAUCUCCACCACCCUCCAGAUCACCGUCCUCUCCCGCAACCCCAACUCCCAAAUCGGCGUCUACUACGACAAGCUCGACGCCUUCGCCACCUACCACAGCCAGCAGAUCACCUACUACACCGCCAUCCCCCCUGUCUACCAGGGCCAUAAGGACCUCAACAUCUGGUCUCCCUUCAUCUACGGCAACGACGUCCCUGUCGCCCCCUUCAACGGCCUCGCCCUCGCCCAGGACCAGUCUAACGGCGCCAUCAAACUCACCGUUAAACUUGACGGCCGCGUUAAAUGGAAGGUCGGAUCCUUCGUUUCAGGACGCUACCACCUCCACGUCUCCUGCCCCGCUUAUAUCCCACUUGGAAAUACCAAAUCUAACGGCAUCAUCGUCGGCGCCGGCGUUAAGUAUCAGCUCUCCCAGAGCUGUACUGUAAGUGUGUGACAAUUAUACUUAAUCAUCAAUAAAACACAGGAAUUGAAUUGAACACACAUUUUGAUUUAUCUAAAUGUGCAGAAUUGUUGUUUUCUCAGCUUUGUUUACGAUAAUUGUACAUUUUGGUCGUGAAUAAAUUACAGUGAUAGUUUCUGUAUAUCUUUGUAAUGACAAUUCUGUGUUGUUAAUUGUGUUUGGGCUUAA